AACACUUUGAUAUUUUUUUCAUACUUUAUUUAUCAUUUAUAUAUAUAAGUAAUAUUUAAAAGAUUAAAAAUGUCAAUAAACUAACCAGUAUUCCACUAUAAAAGUGCUGUAACUUUAUAGAAACUUCAGGAUUUUUAGUCUAGACCUCUUGAUCCUUUCGAUUUAGAGAACAUUGAUCAAUUUGAAUAAAAAUUUAAGAAUUUCUCUCUAAAAUUUUAGCAAGAAACUUUUCCUGAGACAUUAAAGAGUAAUUAAAAGGAUUAAAGUAAGCCACAGAGAAGAAAAACAAUUCAUUAAAAAUUUGCUUCAUAAGAUUCUCUUUUUUCAAAUACAGUUACUACCACUUUACAUAAUAUUCCUCAAUAAAAUAAUGGUAUACUCAAAUAACAAAAAUCACAAAAGCACCUUAAAACUUAAAGCUUAGUGAGUUUUGAAGAACCUCUUACUGUAACAUUAAAUUAAUCUCAUCAAAAUUCUAAAAAAGACUAACCUCUUAAUGGGCUGAUAGAUUAAAAAUUUAAGCUUAUGCUUCAAAAAAAUACUUAAAAAGAGAAUCCUGUUGUUUAGUACUUUGGUAAUUAACUUAUAGCGACAGUUUUCUAGUCUCUGAUAAUUAAAACAAUCGAAGAAAAGUUUCAUAUUAAAAUUAAUAUGGAUUGCGAUAUUCCAAUAUCUUCAAACGUUCUAAAAAUGUUUGAUUUAUCAACUGUGGUUAUAAAUAAUCUUAAAGGAUUUGAUAGUAAAAUGGACUAUAUUUAUUCUACAAUGUGCAAAAAAGUUGAUACUCUUCUAUAAAAUUUUGAUGAAAAAACAAAUUAAAAAGAAGCUACCAUUUUAAAAUAAGAAUCUAAGUUUAAGUAAUAAAUUAAAUCUGUCUAAGCAGAUCAUUUUACAUGGCUUAAAUUAAAAGCAUCUCAUGAUACCCUAAAAAAGAAACUCAGAUAAAUGAUAGUAGAAAAAUUAAUAGAAUAUGAAAACUUGCUAAAAAUUUAAGAGGUUAUUGAAAAAAAACAGAAUCUAAAAGAUGAAGGAAAAUUGGAUGAUGCAAACAAGACUUUCAGUGAUUUAAAAAAUCUCAAACUUAUAUCUUCUAAAGAGGUUUUUAAGAAUAUGAGCACCUAUGGAAAUCACAAAAUUAAACUAUAUCUAAGCAGAUUAGGGAUUACUAAAUAUCCAGAUGAAAAGCAUCCAACAUCUAAAAUUAACAAACUUAAAAGCAAACGUAGCAAUUCAGAAGAUAAAAUGUUCGUAUAUCCAUAUGAAUAAGAUUCUAGCAAUAAAAAUAAAUUAAACUAAAGUCAGUUACUUAAUCAGACAACUGGAAUUAAAGGAUUUUAAAAUGAGGAAAUGAAUGAAGAAAAUUAUUGGACUUAAGAGAGAGAAGAUGAAUUCUAAAAAUAUAGAUCUCAAAAAAAAUUCAUAUACUCAAAUGAAGUAGUUUCAUCUAAUUGGAAUGAUGUUGGGUUUCUGCCAUUUGUUCAAAGGUAUAUUUUAGAGUAUAAAAAAUCAAUUUAGAGAGAUACUCUGUUAGAUAGGUAUUAAGGAGGCGAAUGGUUAACUGAAGAUGAAUUAAAAUUUUUAGCUAAUACUAGUGAGCUUCUAAAUUCUUGUGUUGAUAAGGAUUUUAUGUAGAAGGCUGUAAAUAUUGUAAAUCCAGAUCUUAUUGAUAAUAUGGAGCUAGGAUUAGCAGAGUAAAUUUUAAGUAACUAUGAAGAUGCUAAGUAGGCUAUCAAAAAGGCAAGAUAAAAAUUUAUAAAUUAAAAAUAAGAGUAAUAGCAAGAAUGGCUUAGAGAUUAAUAUGAAAAAGCAUAAAAUUAGAUAAAAAAGAUUUAGAAUGCUAAAUUUUACAGGAGAUAUUAUAGGAUAUUUACAGUUUUAUUAGAUAAAAUGGAAAAAGAGUAAAAGUUUGCAGAUAAAUUACCAGAAAAUAUUCAUGGUGCAGAGUAUUUAAACUAAUAUCUGCUUGGAAAUUCAAGUGAAAAAGACACAAUAUAAAAAAUAUACAAAGUUGGAAAAUUGAAUGAAUAUGAGUUUAAGAGAUAUAUCCAGCGUAAAAAGUAGGAAAAAGAAGAAAAAUAAGAAUCAGACAAGUAAGCCAUCAGGUUCAAAAAGUUAUCAAAGCCCAUUUCUUAUACAAACGAUGAAUUUAUCAAAAAUAUGAAGAGAAGAAAAUAUCACCCAAGUUCUAAGAUUUUCAUAGAAAAACAUAAUUCGAGCUCAGACGAAGAUUUAAGGAAAGAUUUGACUAUUGAAUAGCAAGAAUAAAAAAGAUAUAAUUCAACAAAAAAAAGUUUAAUUAAAAAGUAAGAGAUUGAAAAAUAUGAGCUUAACCUCAAAACAGUUGAUUUACUUAAAGAAAAGCAAAACUUUAAAACAUUUUAUUCUGGAGGGCCUUAAAAACAGCAAAAUCAAUUAACAAUAUAUGAUAGGUACAGAGCUACAGGUAAAAAUAUUGCGACUCAAUAAGAAAUGCGCUCCAUUUUGAUAAUCUAGAAAAGAUUCAGAGCUUUUUUGAAAAGGAAGUAGCUAGUUUAAUUCUUAAGGGCUAAUCAGAUCAAAAAAGAUUAUCAGUAUAAACACAUUAUAGAUUAAAUAUAAAUGAAUCCAAAUCAAAUACAUUUAAUUAUGAAAGAUACUUUUAAUCCUGCUAAACCAAGCAUAGAUGAUAUACAACUUUAAAUAUCUAAAAAACAUCAUUCGUAGUAAGUCAGGGGUAGCUUUUUACGUAAUAUGAGCAGAAGUAAUUCAAUGAUAUCUGCUAAAGGAGGAGAUAGGUCUUUCACAUUUAUGAGUUAAAAGCAUACUCGAAAUCCGAGUUUAAAUAUUCUUGUACCUCAAAAUUAAAAUCAUUAAGAUUAAAAUAAAUCUCCAUUGACUGAAAACAUUUCUCCUAUAAUUGAAAAGAUUACUUACAUAAAUCCAUCUACUCCGAUAAAUUAAAGCAAAUCACCUUAAAAUUAAGCUUUAAGAAGUAAUUCAGGACAUAAUAAUCAAAAAUUUAUUUAGCUUAAUCAAGGUAGUAAUCACUAUUUUUCUUCUUACUUAAAAAUGUAGCAAGAAAUGGCUGAAACUUAUAAAAGAAUUUAAGCAUAGAGUGCAUCUCAAAAUUUCAUUUAAAACAAGGCGAAAAGCGAAUAUCAUGAUAAUUUAUAUGGAAACGAAGCUGUUUCUACUUAAUUUUCUACUAACAAAAAGUAAGAUCAUACAUUUGCUAAUUUAUCAUCUCAUUUUGCAGAAAAUAAUAAUAAAGAUUAUUUGAAUAGCAAAUAAAGUGUUAAAUCUGAUGAAGACGAGGAUGAGACAGGAGAUAAGUGUGACAUAAACUUUUAAAGAAGCAAUAAUCAUUAACAAUCUCCUACUAUUAAAAUAAAUUAAUAAACUUUUAACAACAACUUAUACUAGCAAAAGAGAGCUAGUUUACUUUUUAAAAUACCAUCUUCAGCUGUUAAAAUAAAUAAAUAUAUUGAUACAAAAAAUGUUAUUUAACAAUUUGCAUUAAAAGAACUACUUAUGCCCAAAACGCCUAAAGAAAAUUUACUUCUAAGUAACAAAAAUCUUUAAUAAAAAGCUGCUACAUCCAAAAUUACAGAUGCUUUCAAUAAAAAGCAAAAUGAAAGUAUACAGAACUUUAAUAAAAUUGAUCGUUCCUAUUCUUAACUAAUUUCUCAUAAUAAUUCAACUCUCCCUUCAUCAUAAAUAUCUCAAUUUUUAUUCUAAACACCUACAUCUUCAGCUCAAACAAGUCAAAAAGCUAUUGAUAAGGUUAGUUCUCAAAAUUAAAUUAGCUGUUUAUAAAGCAGCAAGUAAAUAGAAAACACCUUUUAACCUUCUCAUGAUAACUCAUCUGAAUAAUAAGAAAUAAAUAACUCAUCACUGUCUUCAGAAAUGAUACCAAAUAUUCCCCCUUAAAAAAUACCAAAUGUGAAAGACUUAGAUCCUCCAUUAAACUAUUAAAGACCUACAAUAAAAUAAUAAAGACUACUAGCAGCUGCUGCAGAAAAUAAAUUAUAAUUAAUUAUUAACAGUGGAUUUAUAUUCUAUGAAAAUGAUCUUAAUGUAAGAGAUAUGUAAGGCAAUACACCAUUGCACUUAGCUGCUAAAAACUCACAUUUCUAGUUUGCUUCCUGGUUAUUGAGUAAAAAGGCCAAUCCAAAUCUCAGAAAUAUCAAUGGAUGGACACCUCUUCAUUUUGCAUUCUAGGCAAAUAAAUUAGAAGGUGUAAUGCUUAUAUAAACUCAUGGAGGAGAUCUAAACAUUCUAAACAAAAAAGGUGAAACCCCACUGGCAUUAGGAUCUUAAAAAUUACUUUCACUUCUAGGAUUACAAAAAGGAGUUGUAAAUGUGAGACAAGACGAGGAAAGCUUCUAAAAAGGUUAUUUAAACUCAUUUAACAACAAUGCUUUACUUGAAAAAAAAAAUAAAUAUAAUGAAUUUGUUAAUGGGGAAGCAUAAUUUUAAGCGAAUAAACUUAAAAGCAAUUUUUAAAAAAUAGUUACUGAUAAAAAUGUAAAUUCAUUUAAUUGA